CGUGACGAUGGGGUUGUGGGAGAAGAUUCCUUGAUGGAAUCUCUGGCGUGUGUCUUCCCUUACGUCAACCCAUUCGACCCUGAGAUAAUGGCCAUGUCCGGCCUCGCCUUACAAACACUUGAGUGCACGGGUAAAUUACCCGACCUGCUCUACAUAGAUGGAAACAAACUGGUAAUAAACAGAACAAAAGUACGCAAUACGCUUGGAGACACCCCCAUCGUCUGUCAAUAUCAGGAUAUAAUACCAGGUCUCAAUGACCUAGGACCCUUAAAUCCACCUUUUAACGAGUCGCAAGUCCUGAAAGAGAGCUCUGAGUUCAUCAAGGUGGUUUGCCAGGACGGUGGUCAGAAAGCUGUGUCAAGGAUGUACUUUGCACUCACCCCCAAGCAGGACAAACUUGGCCAGGUCGAGGCCCUGCUGUUGAAAAAACGACAGAUGGAGUCGGCUCCCAGGGAGACGUUGAACAUCAUCAUGAUCGGCGUCGACGGGGUGUCACGGUACCACUUCAUGAGGUCCAUGCCGAAAACGUAUCCCUUGCUGAUGAACGACUUCCACUCCUUCGACAUGUCCAUGUACACGCAGGUCGGGAAAAACACAUUCCCCAACUUUAUCCCGCUGCUGACGGGACGGUCCGAGGACGAGAUCAACACGUGGUGGGAUUUCUCAAAGUACACGGACGGCUUCGAUCUCGUGUGGCGGGACUACGCGAGGGCCGGGUACAGGACUCUGUACACAGAAGACUCGCCCUCCAUCGGGGCGUUCAGCUACGAAAAGAAAGGAUUCCGCGUCAACCCAACGACACAUUUUAGUCGGUCACUGUGUGUUGUUAUGGAGCACGACAAGGAGAUUUGGAACACGGGGAAUCAGUGCGUCGGGGAACAACCGGAAGUGAACUUUCAUUUCGAUUACAUCAAGCGACUGUUCGAUACUUUCCAUGACAAACCGUUGUACGCCAUGGCGUUCCUGACGCAAGUUUCACACGACGUCAUGACUAACCUUAAAAUCGCAGACGAGCACGUGUUUAAUUUUUACCGGCUGCUUCAAACGUCCGGGUAUUUGAAUAACACCGUGCUCAUCACAUUCUCCGACCACGGGCCGAGAUGGGGUCCAGUAAGGUCGUCUUUUAACGGCGUGUAUGAAGGUCGCACACCAUUCGCCAUCUUCACGUUCCCAAAAUGGUUUCUCGAAAAAUACCCGGAUAUUUCUAGGAACCUAAAUACGAACACAGGUCGCCUCACGACGCACUACGACACACACGCGACGCUGACGGAUUUGUUGUACUUCCGGGGUAAUGGGGAAAGCCCUGUUAGAAAAAGUAAACACGGGAUAAGUUUAUUGCGAAGAAUACCUAAAAAUAGAACGUGCAAGGAUAUCCCCAUACCAGAGGAGUACUGCCUCUGUGGGCAGAGCACGGCGGAACGCCUGGACACCUCCACAGAACCAGCAACAAUGCUGGCGCAGGCGACACUGGCCGCCAUCAAUUUGAAGGUCAACACGACCGUGUGUGCAGUUCUGGGAAUGGGAGAAGUUCUUCAGGUGGUUAAGGUUGACCUACCAAAGAAUGUCUCGAAGAUGAAGAAAGACGCUCACCUGUACCAGGUCCGGCUACACACGACCCCAGGAGGCGCUGUUUUUGAGGCUACGGUGUUCGUACGAGACGUUAGCCCCCAGACCUUAUUUUGGGGCACCAAGAAAAAUUUCAACAUUGAGGUCGCAGAGCGGAUAGACAGACUUAAUCUGUACCGCGGUCAGGCAGACUGCGUGAGUGACGCACGGCAAAAGGAGUUUUGUUAUUGUAAAAACAUCACUCAAUGA